AUGCCCUCUGGAUGCUCGAUUCCCUACAUGUCUGACAUGAAUCGCACUAUGUAUGGCACAGCUGUGGUUCAAGCACUGGGUAGACCAGUAGUCAUGUCCAGUCUACUGGUCAGUUUUGCCAGGCGUCCAGGCGGUGUCCGGAUGAUGCAGCAGCAGCACCACCAGAGUAUGAACAGAGGCAUGGCACGUGCUAAUGAUGUGAAGCACCCAGCAUUGUCUAAUGGAAUGCAGGCCGCCUCCGUCCUCCAGCACCACUCACUCACCAACAGGGGCCAGACUUUACUGGUUCAACAGCGGACCAUAAGGACAGACCUUGCUGGCCUGGCACAGCAGACAGUGUUCCAGCAGCAGGUUGUGGCCCCUGCUGCCAUGACGCAGUCUACGAUGAUGCAUAUCGAUUCUGUGAGGCAGAGAGCCCUGACCGCACAGCAGGCCAGUCUUAUACAGCAGAGGGGGAUAAGAUAUAUUCCGACUGGAGUCUUGGGUGCCCCAUUGCUACAGUCACAAACCAUACAAAGUACCUCUAUGAUUGAAGAAAGAGCAGCAGCACUGAUGGGGCAUGGCCUGGUCAGAGGUGUGACUCAAAGUCACAUGAUGCAAAACCUUGUCCAGCAGAGGUAUCUAGGUGGCCCCCUCGUGCCAUGCAGGCGUGUCCAGUUGGUAGCAGGCCACCCAGCCAGGAUGGUAAAUAAAUAG